AUGCUCACGGCCGUGCUCAACUGCCUGUUCGACUCACUGAGCCAAAUGCUGAGGCCCCGGGGCCCGCAGGGGCAGCGCGGGCCGGGACGCGGGGGAGCGGGGCCCGGCGGAGGCCCCGGGGCCCGCAGGGGCAGCGCGGGCCGGGACGCGGAGGCCGAGGUUUGGUGCCGGCGGGUGCGGGAGCUGGUGAGCGCGGUUCCCGCCAACCGGCUCUGCUUCGAGUGCGGCCAGCGCGGCGUCACCUACGUGGACAUCAGCGUGGGCAGCCUCGUGUGCACCGGCUGCUCGGGGGCGCUGCGGGGACUGAACCCCCCGCACCGCGUCAAGUCCAUCUCCAUGACGACGUUCAGCGAGGCCGAGGUGCUGUUCCUGCGGGCGCGCGGCAAUGAGGCCUGCAGGAGGGUCUGGCUCGGCACCUUCGACCCCCGCGCGUCGCCGCCGCCCGACCCCCGCGACCCCCAGAAAGUGAAGGAGUUCCUGCGGGAGAAGUACGAGAAGAAGCGAUGGUACGUGGCGCCAGAACAAGGCGAAGCCCGGGUGAAACCCCCCCGAAGCCCCGCGGCCGAGCCCGGGCCCCCCCAGCUCCUCCCCGGGGACGCAGCGACGCUGGCACAGGUGGGGGUGCCCGGGGGGACGGCACCCCCUGACCCCGCGGUGCCCCCCCAGCCCCCUGCCCCGCCGGCGCCGAAGGCCGGCACUGACCUGCUGGCCGACAUCGGGGGGGACCCCUUCGCCCGCCCUGCCCCCGCCUUCGCCGCCUCCCCCGGUGAGCCGGGGGCUCCGACGGUGGGGAGGGGGCGUGGGCGCGGAGCACGGGGGUCUCUGGGUGACCCCCGAGUGACCCCCUCCCCAGCCCGGUCUGCCUUGCCCGGUUUCGAUGCCUUCGGAGGCAGCGCUGCCUUUGGGGGAGCCGUGCCCCCCAGCACCACAGGUACCCUGAGACCCCCCCCGGGACUCUCAGAGAGGGUUGGGGGUCCCUGCGGGGGGCCAGGCAGGGGUUUGGGGUCGUCCCCCCUCCCCCAGAUC